CGAAGGAUGGGAAAAAUAAAUAAAUUUGGAUUCUGAAAGCGAAACGCGUGAGAGUGUUAGCUGAGAAACGAAACGGAGUAAGAGGAACCGCGCGGGGUCUGUCUGGUCAGAGGGGAAGUAAACAAUAAAGGAAUUCAAUACUAGCAAAGUGCCUCUAUACCUUAAGAUAUGCCUAAUGAAAAUGACGAGGAGAAUCCUAAAGCGGGUAGUGUCCAGAUUAAUCCCAUAGCCUCUGGUGAAAUUCAAUCAAAUUGGUACAAUGUUUUACUUCAACAUGCUUCUGUCUAUGGCGUAGCUGCUGGGUACUGCUUAUCUGCGUCUUUGCUCUCUAUAAUCAACAAAUGGGCCAUCAUGAAAUUCCCUUACCCUGGUGCCUUAACUGCUCUGCAGUAUUUCACUAGUGCUUUUGGGGUCUUCAUUUGUGGGUGGCUCAAGUUCUUAGAGCAUGACCGACUUGAGCUACUCACAAUGUGGCGCUUUCUACCUGCUGCUGUUAUAUUCUAUCUUUCCCUCUUCACCAAUAGUGAGUUGCUUCUUCAUGCCAAUGUUGACACCUUCAUCGUCUUCCGUUCAGUUGUGCCUAUAUUCGUUGCCAUAGGAGAGACUCUCUUCUUACACCAACCUUGGCCCGCUGUAAAGACUUGGAUCUCACUUGGUACUAUCUUUGGUGGAAGCGUGCUUUAUGUAUUGACAGAUUACCAGUUCACAUUCAUGGCUUAUAGCUGGGCUUUAGCUUAUUUGGUUAGCAUGUCCAUAGACUUUGUCUACAUAAAGCAUGUGGUGAUGACCAUUGGUCUCAAUACAUGGGGUUUGGUACUGUAUAACAACCUUGAGGCCCUUAUGUUGUUUCCUUUGGAAUUGCUUAUUAUGGGAGAAUUGAAAAAGAUAAAGCAUGAAAUCUCAGAUGAGUCAGAUUGGUACUCUUUUGGGGUGAUUUUACCAGUGGGGCUUUCUUGUUUGUUUGGCUUGUCGAUCUCUUUCUUUGGUUUCUCUUGUAGACGGGCAAUCUCUGCAACUGGUUUCACAGUUCUUGGAAUAGUGAACAAGCUAUUAACAGUUGUGAUCAAUUUAGUAAUCUGGGACAAGCAUUCAACAUUUGUUGGAACUGUGGGGCUUUUGAUAUGCAUGCUAGGGGGUGUUAUGUAUCAGCAAUCUACAAGCAACAAGCCUAAGGCUGCUGCCCAAGAAGUAAAAGCACAAGCGCAAGAGAGUGAGGAAGAACAGCAGAAGCUACUUGAAAUGCAAAGCAACUCAGAAAGAAACCAAACUGAAAAGGAAGCUACUCAUUCAUAAUUGGGGAGUUGAGUAGGUGUCCUUCAGUCUUACGUUUGCUUUUCCAUUAAUUUUUGGGUUAAGAUCACGGUCCAACUUCAGUUACUAGCAAUUAUGGUGCCAAUGUGUUACAACAACUUCAACUAUCUCUGCUUGACGAGAAUAUUUGUCAAAUAUGAGAGUUCAUAUGGAUUACUGGAUUGGACUUUUGCAUUCUGAAACUCGAUUUUAUUUAUACCAUAGAAGAAAUUUUUUGGACAAUAUUGUUUUAGGAGACUAUUUGAUACGACCUGGGAAGAGACUAAUAAUGCAUUCAUUGUGUAAUCUUGCAGUAACGUAUUGAUCCAAACAACUCUUAUUGGUUAUUUCUUACAAUGUAUAUGUAAAUGCAGACCAUGUUGUGGGAUCUUGCUGGCCUAUGUUAGAAAUUUUUGUCUAUGAUCAAGGAGCAGAGAAAAGAAUUCGAGAGCUCCUAGUUAGUUUGGUGUCAUAGUUUUUCAAUUGUAAAACUGUCAUGUUUAAUAACAGUGGAGAUUAUUAAAGUCAA